AUGUAUUUCUUCACGGGUUUUAGUAAUAAAGAUCUCUACCACCAUCGCAUCAAUUAUUGUGAAUUUCAACACCAAGUGUCUAUGACCGACGUUGUCGAGGAAUUACCGCUGUCUCUAAGCAAUGUGAAGCACAUCCUUUUGAUUCUCUCGGGCAAGGGAGGUGUUGGUAAGAGUUCAGUUACUACACAAUUGGCAUUGACUUUGGCAGGAUUGGGUAAAAAAGUUGGUGUUCUAGAUAUCGACUUAACAGGACCCUCUCUUCCUCGGAUGUUUGGUAUGGAGGGUCAGUCAGUUUAUCAGUCAUCUGAAGGUUGGGUUCCGGUUACCGCCUACGAUAAUGGAAAUGCGUGUCUGAAGCUGAUGUCUUUAGGCUUUCUGUUAGGAGAUAGAGGAAAUAGCGUUGUCUGGAGAGGGCCCAAAAAGACAGCAAUGAUAAAGCAGUUCAUUAAUGAUGUUCAGUGGGGAGAAAUAGAUUAUCUACUAAUUGACACGCCUCCGGGAACAUCUGAUGAGCAUAUCUCAAUUGCCGAGCAAUUGAGAUGGGCCCAACCUGAUGGUGCAAUAAUUGUCACAACCCCACAGAAUGUGGCAACAGCGGAUGUGAGAAAGGAAAUUAAUUUUUGCAGAAAGGUGAACCUUAAUAUACUUGGAAUUGUUGAAAACAUGUCAGGUUUCAUUUGCCCUCAUUGUUCCGAAUGCACCAACAUAUUCUCGAAAGGGGGAGGGCAACAGCUCGCAAACUCCCAAAAAAUAGACUUUUUGGGUAGCGUCCCAAUAGAUCCUGCUUUUGUCGAGAUGAUUGAAAAGCAAUCUUCUUCUAAGGAGCAAUUGGUCACUUUGUAUGAAAGAUCAUCACUAGCCCCUGUAUUCGAAUCUAUCAUGCAAAAAGUUUUCGACAAUAAAAUACCUUCUAGAGUAUAA